CGCACAUAUUUUGCUGCAAAACGGACCAGAAGACUACUUAAACGAUGUGUAUGAAGUUGUGAUCGGAGCAUUUAAAAACACUCGAUCACAAUUGCGAUUAGGUCAGACGGGGACUCCCAUUGUAAUUUUACAGACAUCUGGUAUUCUUGAUGAGACACAAUACCGUCCAUUUUGGAUAACAUGGAAUAAAACUUUAGCGAUUGGGCAAGGUACUAGGAUUGACAUCAGCAACAUAAUUUUAUCUAUACAACUGGAGUUUAGAAUUAACGCGAUGAGAAUCAGUUAUGGCUGGGGCAGUGACGGCUACUACAGAUUUCCUAAUAAAUCGGAAAGUGUUUCAAUCCCUCAAAUGACGACAUCCCACGGACAAGGAAAACCCAGCUCAAAAAAGGACGAGGACGACCGAUCAUAUAUUGUGAUUGGUCUUGCAACAUCAACUGGCUGCCUCGGCGCAAUGCUUUUGUUAACACUUCUUAGUGUUUGCCUUUUAUGGAAAAAGAUGAAUGCAAGCGCAAUAGGGCCUCAUUCACAGGCAAAUACUGUUGGUGGAGAACAUCACGAAGGGUUGCGAGGAAGAGAACAGGAUUUAGAAUACCAACAUUACGCGGCUUUAUCAUUUUAGCAAUAUAUUUUGACGGACUAUUAAAACCUGUAAGUCAUCAGUAAAAGGUCCAUUACGCGACUUUGUCAGUUUAACAAUGUUUUUGACGGAUUAUUAAGACCUGUAAG